AAAAAAAAAAAAAAAAAAACAAGAAAACAAAAGAAGUAUUUAGCCAUGUCCUCAUCUAUCUACUCCUAUGUUGUCCUCUUCUUCUUCAUUUCCAUCGUCCCAAACAUUCAAAGCCAACCUAUCGCUCCAGCUCCAACCACUGAGUCAAGUCCCAUGAUCAAUCUCACAGCGAUUCUUGAAUCUGGUCACCAGUUUACAACAUUCAUACGACUCCUCAACACAACUCAAGUCGGAUUUCAAGUUAGUGUUCAACUUAAUAGCUCAGAUCAAGGGAUGACUAUAUUCGCCCCAACAGAUAACGCAUUCAACAACCUUAAACCCGGAACCCUAAACGGUCUCACGUACCAACAACAAAUCCAGCUCAUGCUCUACCACAUCAUUCCAAAAUACUACUCUCUAAGUGAUCUUCUCUUAGCAAGUAACCCCAUUAGAACUCAGGCUACGGGACACGAAGGAGGUGUAUAUGGUUUGAAUUUCACAGGACAAGCACAAAACAACCAAGUGAAUGUUUCGACCGGUGUUGUUGAGACUCGGAUCAAUAAUGCAUUAAGACAACAGUUUCCACUAGCAGUUUACGUGGUGGACAAAGUGUUGUUGCCGGAAGAAUUGUUCGGAACAAAGACCACUCCCACGGGAGCUCCUUCCCCGAAAUCCACUCCUUCGUCGACCUCUGAUGCCGACUCUCCAGCUGUUGAUGAUGAUGAGCACAAAUCUUCAGGAUCAAGCGCGAAGAUGACAAGUCUAGGAGUUAUUCUUGGCUUUGCGUUGUUUUGUUAUUUGAUUUGAUUUGAUUUGAUUUAUCUGUUUGUAAUCUUCUUUUCUAUUCUUUUGAAAUAAACAUGUGUUGAUUUUUGACUA